AUGAAGGGAUAUAAUCUUCAAGGACAUAUUUUCAAGAGCGUUGAAGUACAAAACGAAACAGAUUGCGAUGUAAAGUGUUAUUUGGAAAGCGACUGUAUAUCAUUCAACGUUGUAACUUCGCCUACGGAUGGAACGAUAACUUGCGAAUUGAGUAAUUCUGACCAUGAAACCCACCCAGAGGAUCUGAGGCGCCAAUUUGGAGCCGUCUAUCAACCAAUCAAGGUAAAGGGUAUCACAGUAGAGCUGUUUAGUAUUGACAUGAUAACUACGUCCACAAAUACUAGAACGUCGAGAGACUUAAAGUCACUUUUACGGAAAACGACAAACUCGAGAUGCAUUAGUUAAAAUUUCACAAAUUAGGGAAUGAGCAGGUAAAAACUGUCCAACAAAAUUGAUGGAUAAACGUAACAAACACUGGACGAAAAAAUGGAUUUACUAGGGUAGCCAAAUUACAGCAAAUAUGUAGCAAAUACCACAUUUGCACAAUUUUGCGCAAGAGCAAAGACUGAUAUUGCACUAGAUUUGCUAUCCGUAGCAAUGACGGUAAAUGCCACAUUUGCACAACAUUUACAUCUUGGUGCAAAGAUAAUGGGCAGCCAUGGAUUUGAGGGUCAUUUGCAGAUGGUUCAAAUGUGUAGGCAAAUAUGUUUCUUUGAACUAUAUUUGCACAUUACGCAAAUGAUAGCGCAAAUCUGCUGUUUUGCACAGCUUUUGCUUUAGAUGUAAAAGCAUGUAAACCUGUUAUUUUCAGAGCGUUUACGCAGCUUUGCAAAUGUGAGCGAAGUAUCUAAUUUGAACAAUGUUUGCUUGGGUUAUCAUGGGUGAUCAAAUUUUCAUAAUUGAACCAGAUUGCUUUGCAUAGCAAAUGUAACCAAACUCUUUGUAUUAAACAUGUAUGCCCACGAAGCAAAUGUUAGCAAACCUAAACUUUGAACAAAUUUUCUAGGGUGUGCAAAUUUGAUCAAACACAGAAUUUUGCUUGUAGCGGCAAAUGUGGUCAAAAGUCAAGUUUUGAACAAAGUUGCUUAAGCAGCAAAUCUGAUCAAACUGUUACUAUUGUACAAUUUUUCGCUCAGGUAGCAAAUGUAAUCAAAUUCUGACUUUAAUUUGGUUAGCAAAUGUCAUCAAACCCAUAAAAUUGAGCAUUUUUUCACAAGUAGCAAAUGUAAAUUCCAAGGUUUAAACGAGUUUGCCUGAGUUGUAGCAAAUGCGAUAAAAUUUUUAAAUUAUUUUUAAUUAUAACAUGGCUCACUUCAGGUUCAUAACAAGUGGCUAUAAUUAAUCUUGAAGUUUAUAGCUUCAAACAUUAAAGUUACUGAAAGAAAUUCUAGCAGUGACCUCCCAUUAUAAUGUUCAAAUGAUUUAUUCCAUAAACCAAAGUGGCUUACACAUUAUUACAGACUUUACAAACUACAGUAUACAGCUGUACAUACAGCUCUUCAUAUUAAUUCCCAAUUUUACAGUUCGUUGAUGUUUACUUGUCUCCACUCUAUCAGAUCAUUACUAACUAUUAAUAUUAUAAGAAAAGUGUUCUUCAUCUAAAUGUGUAAGAUAUUCUACAGACAGCUGUAGGUGUUUUAGAGUUGCCUCAAACCUAUUUCAGUUGUUUAGCUUUUUGCAACUCAGAAACAGGUUAAAAAUCUUUUUACCCUUGGGCCAAUAUUUACUUAUGACAAGACUAUUUCUUACUUAAACUUUUGUAUCUAAGGACAAAAUCCUGUUCCAACCAAAUGGAACCCUUAAGAAACCCAUUUUAAUAAAUAAUUAGCAUUUUUGAAUUUAUUGCUAUUUACAGAUUAAACAAAAUUUGAUUCUGGUGGCAUUUUUUGUCUUUAGGCUCUAUUAGAAUGAAAGGCCUAAUUCUUGCUACCAAUUUCCAAUUUUUGCUGGUAUAACAACUGGGUUAUAGCAUUUAGCAAACUAAGAAAUAGUUUAGGUACAUGUAGCUAUUCAAAUUCAGAUCAGACUUCUUUAACUUCAUUUUGUUACUAAUGGUUCCUGUAUAGUAUUGGAUAUGCUCUUAGAGGAAGUACCAGCCGGAGCUUCUAGUACUUGCCCUGUUCUAAGAAAAUUGAGGGUCAUUAAAGUAAUGACCAGCUGUAAGUAUUCCACAGCAUGUCAACAUUACCAUUGUCACUGUAGUUGGUCCCAAUGAAAGAAGCUAAUAAUUAUUUUAAAUUCAGUAUACAUGUACAUGUAGUACAAAAGGUUGAUCUGGCUAGCCUGCAAAAUAACUACACUGCUGUCUCUCAUUACUCUUUUUCUUGAGUCAUGUUGCAAUCCUUUGCAAAAUUCCAUACUAAAUCAUGACAAAAAGCAGGGUGUACCUAAAUUUGUUUUGUUUUUUUGUUCAAGCAGGUCAGUUGCAAUUUGUGUAACGGUACACAUGUACUGUGAAGUGGUGCCAGCAGAACUCAAAUGCCUGCAGUUAAGCAAAUAGAUUUAAAAGAAACAUUUGUACAUUAAUUGGCCUUUUAACCUGCUGACUGGUACAUUACUUGCAAACAAUAGCCAAAGGAUUCUAAUGAAAAAUUUAUCACAUCAACCAAUUUGAUCUACCUGCCACCAGAAUUCUCAGGACAAAUCAACACCAUCAGGAUUUGUACUGUUUACACAGAUUUAUCUUUUUCUAAAAACAGUGUCAUAAACAGAGAGUGAUUAAAGGAUUACUGUAUUUGCAGAGCUACAUGUACAUGUACCUGUAAGUAUGACCAGUCAUAAAAUAAUCUGGAAUUUCUUUAAGAGCAUUGGAUUAACUUAUAUUCCCUUAUCACAAAGCAAAUUCAGGAGCAUUAUCUGGUGCCUCCUUCUCUGAGGAGAAGCCAUUCCUCCUUUCUAUUGUCAUUGAGUAAUGACAGGCUUACAUGUGACUGUUUCAAUUUUGCUUUACUGUUCAGCUAGGCAAAGAGGUUUUUACAGGCUAAGUUGUUGACUCCUCCAUGCUAGAGGCCUCCUGCAAAGGACUUUUCUCAGAUUUGUCAUCUCCUUGGUCUGUAUUGCCUUGCUCUGAAGACAUGCACUCCACAUUUAUACAAGCUUUGAACUUACAACAAUCCUUCUUCGAAAUAGAGGUUGACUGGAAAAGGGUGGUCUCUUUAGCUUUUUCUGCAACAAACAGAAAUUAUACAUAAUUGAGACCAUUAAUAUUGAAACUAAAGCUGUAGAUGGUUGUCAUGAAAAAUACUAUUGUCCUUUUCUGUCUAAAUAUUCUAGCCUUUUAUAGCAUAAAGGUUGCUAUUAGAUAUUACAUGUACUAUUACUGGCUGCAGUCACACUACGUGACUAAACUUACUUAUUUCCUGAGUUCACUGAUAUCAAAAUUAACUAGUUUAAACAAAUUGGUGGCUUGUAACUUUCAUGUCUCAAAUCUAACCCCAAGCGGUCAUCAUAAUCCUGAUUACACUGUACCUGUUAAAACUAAGACCUUCUUUGAGCAAAAGCAAAAUGAAAAAAUGAAUGGAAGAAACCCUUUUGUAACAAGACAAUUGACUCCAGAUAAAUCAUUGUAUUAAUUUUAUAGUGAGUGUCCCACUACAUCACUACCAUAACAACAUUAUUGACAUAUUACUUAAAACUUCAUGGACCUGCUUCUUCUGCAACAUUGCCAUCACUUACAGUGUAUCUUGGGAACAAAAGUUUAAUUAUACUAUAAUUGCCUCAUAUGAGGGAAUCCAAGACAGUUUUAGAUUCUGGAUUCCACGCUACGGAUUCCAGAACCUUUUUCAGUGGAUUACUUGGUUUCUGGAUUCCAAUUGUUUGACCUGUAUUUCAGGUUUCAAAGCUCAGAAUUUAGGAUUCCACAACAAAAAUUGCCUGAAUUCUGGAUUCCAUAAGCAAAAAAUUAAUUUCCCGGAUUCCAGAAUCCCUUACAUGAGGUGAUCAUUAAAAAGAAAUCAGUGAAAGCAGGGUACCAUGAUCUAAAUUCUAGCUACUCUAUGUUUUCAGCACCAUGGCAGUCACUGCCUUUAAUCCCCUUUUAAAUUUUGGAAAAGCCUUUGGAGAAAGUAGGCACCAGAGGAUAAGGUUAUUUUUGGCCUUAGAGGGGAAUUAACACUUGCUUCAAUUCUUAUUAAAUUUCCAAGACCAUUAUCGAAUUUGUCCUGUUGUUUUAAAAAAUACUAUAAUCUUUUAUUUGGUUGUUCUCUUCAGAUAAAUUUUAUCUGAAGAGAACAACCACAUAAAAGAUUAUAGUAUUUUUUAAAACAACAGGACAAAUAAAGUUUCAGGAGUAGGGGUGAGUCCUUGUUGAUUACUGAAUAUUGGGAAUGUAAAUGUAGGUAUUAUCAAAUAGCAUCAUUAAUGGAUUAACAGUAAGAAUGAACUUUCUUAUACUUACUGAGCAUUUCUUUUACUCCCGAUUAGUUGCUCCCUCAGCAUUUGUUUGUCCUUGCAUUUCUCCUGCCUCUUCUUAGUUUUACAAUGUCUGCUAACAGCAACGAUUCACCGAAGUCUAUGAACUAAGUACUAACUGCUGCUUUUCUUGGAUCCAAUCGUUAGUACUUGAUCGUCGCCGAUGGAGCUAUCUAGAUGUCUUUCAUGGUGGAUAAGUGCAAUUUCCUUUUCGUCGAACAGUCUAUAAGCAUGCAGUUCCCUCAAGCUCGAGCGAUUAUUUUUAUAAGUUCUUCGAAGACACAUUCGUUCGAUAAAUUCGAACAAAUAAGACUGGCCGAUUCCUCCAUACUCGACAGUCAACCCCACAAAGAAGGAAAAUUCGAAAACUCUUGAUAAAUAUGGCGUUAAACGUAUGAAGUAAAAGCUGGUGGCAAAUCGAUGGCAAUGGAACGUGGUAACGGUCGACGAAAUUUGGGCGAUUUCAAUUGUUGUGCCUCGUUCUCGAACGGUUAUGCAGACUGUCGCUGACCAGCACCACUGAGGCGCAAAUGCUUGGGAAAUCGGGCGCGCGUUCUUUUGGCGAUUUGGCGGGAGGAAGAGAUUGCCUAUGUUGCUGGAUUUUUUCUCAAGGAUAUUCGAAAUUUAAAAGGUAAAGUCGAUGUAUUUUGCUUUGUAUAUCGUGCUUCUACUGCCACAUCUAUGUUAUAACCGGGAAUAAACUACAUUUGCAUCCAUAUUUACAUUUGUAGCAUGUAUGUGCACGCGUGUCGCGUGCGUAUGGUAGUGAUCCAGCUGAAAAAAGCCUUGUUGAAAAAUUUAAGUGGUGUUAAUUUAUUGGUAUUUGGUGCUAAUUUAUUGGUAUUUGGCAGAAGUAGCUCAAGAUUAAUUGCUUGAGUAAUUUAUACUUCCUCUGGCGCUAUAUUGACAUAUUGAGCGUAAUACCUGUACAUGUACCAUUGAUUUUGACAGGGGUAGGGUGGAGCCUUUAUUUUAUAUGCCUUACUGUCAUUUUUUGCUGUUUUGUUUUGUCAUGUUUUCAUAUACAAGGUCGUUUUGUUUAUAAUAAUUUAUAAUGAUACAGCUGUACAUGUAAGCUGAGUCCAAAGGUCAAAAAUGCUAAAAUGUGCCACAUGUGUAUUUAUAAUGUUCAUAAAGAUAAUGGCAACACAAGUAACACAAUUCAUUUAAUUUCACAAUAUUUUCAAUAAAGGUAGAAUUACCAGUUAUUUUUAGUGGGUUUAGUGACUUUUUUGUACAUUUGUUUCAGAUUUUUCCUUGAGUGGUACAGGAGUUAAAUUUCCAAUGUUCUUGAAAUUGAGUUGCUUCACCUGAACUCUCCAAAAGAUAAAGAGGUCAAUCAAAUACAGGUUCAACAUGGGGAAGCUUUUUGUGGUCUGUGCAUGAAGAAAUGCUACAGGGGUAUUCCAGUGGGUCUCAAUUUAUUUACAGUAAUCAUUUUUUCCUCUUCAGAAGAUAACAGAAGUGAAGCUUAUAAAUUAUACUGAAUGCUCCCAUACAUCAAUACCCCAUCUGUUUGGGGUAAAUGUCACAAAAAAGAAACCUCACGUGUAGUUCCUUGUGUUAUAUUUUUAGCAUCUUUACAAUAUUAGUUUUCUUGUACUUUGUGCCGUGCCCUGCUAAGUAAAUCCAUGUCCCUUUCACAGUGUUCUGCAGGAAACAUAAUGUACUGAAAUUGUGUGAAGCUAUAGAACAUUUGCACUCGUAGAGGUUUCCCCUCAGAGAUAUAAAGAGUGACAACAUUAUUCCUACAGAGGUAAACAAUAUGUACCACCCAAUGCUCAGUGAUUUUCGAAAGGCUAUCUUGCUAUCGGAUGCCCCUUCAAAACAGCAGUCCAUGACUGCUCACUAGCACUGACAUGUAGCUUCAGAAAUAUGCCUCAGAUAUUAUGUUUUCACUUGGCGUUAAUAAGUCAUGGCAAAAAUUAGUGGCAGAGUGAAAGUAGAAAGUCAUUUUGUGGAAGGGCAAAGAAAAUGCCUUCAGACACUCCAAAGUUGAGAUUUACUAUUUCAUGUCUUCUGUCACUGCUCAAAACAAAUUUUUAGCUGGAACCUUUUUUCUGUCCAGCAAUUAUAAAAUAUCAUAUUCCUAUUUAAAAGGAAAAUCAAAAAGUUAUCUUACUGUGUGAAUUCCAAUACUAAAUAAAUCUAGUAAAAUUCGACUCAUUUAGUGAAAAGGGUAUAAUAAUAUUGAAGGUGUAAACACCGUUGGUCUAAGAAGUUUAGGUUUAAGUGAAGAAAUGCACCAUGUUAAUGUUGUUGAGCGAAGGUUGAUAUAAAUGUCGCCAGUCUGUUUGAUCAGUUUAAAAAGACAAAUUCUAUUGAACUCAAAAUCAGGGUUGUAAAGAGCAGCAAAGAAAUUAUUUGUUCAUGUCUGUGCUAGUUUCUAUUCACAAAUUAUAUGAAAUACAAAGCAAUUUCACCAUUUGUUGUAUUAUUGGCUGUUGGGCUUUCAAAAUGUGGUCAUUUUUAGGAGGCUCACCAUCAAGAUGUGGUCAUCUCUAGGUAUAGUCAGUGAAAACUAGAACAAAUAGCGGUAAGAACAAAAUUGUCAGUUUUGAUGUGAAGUUCCUUGAAUAAAUGGCCAUGAGGAAAUUGUGUACAAGUGAAUAAUCUCAACCCUGACUUUGAAAUGCACAGAACUUUUUUUUUUGGACCAAAUUUAAGGUACUGUGGGUGGCCUUGUUAUUGUUAGCAUUUUAAUAAUAAUAUUAUGAUGUAGAAAAAAUACAGUAGAUUAUUUGACUACUGGACCUUUGUCCAGUAGAUUUGUUGUGGUGUAUUUACUUUAUGUAAAGGGGAGGUAGUGUGGGCCCUCUGUAACUAUAUAUAACAGUUACUGUGUCAUUUUGAAUUUUUAGUUUUAGUAAUUGGAGAUCCCUGCCCAUUGUGCGACCCUAGGCUUUACUAUUAUCAAAUGACAGAAGAGGAAUGCAACACAUGCCCAGGUUAUGUACCAUUGACUCACUUCGAAGUGGUUACGUGAUUUAGAAUUGGACCCAAAAAAAGACCGGGGCCGAGUUGUUCAAAAGAGAGAUUAGCACUAACCCAGGGUUAGAUUUUAACCCGCGUUUCUUUUUUCUUUUAAUCAAAAGCAUUUUGUCAGAUAAUUUUCUCUUUUCUUUUUAAGUAUCAAAUCACCAAAUUGUAGACAAAACGAAUUAUUCAAAUGAAUUUGUUUUUAAAACUUUCAUAUCUGAAUUCAUAUUUUGUACUAACCUUGGGUUAUCUUUACCCAGCUUUGAACAACCCAGCCUGGAAGGAUAAAUGCUGCAUGUUAAUUUGUUUCACCGCCUUAGUUUUUUUUUUUUUUAUAGCUUUAAACUUUUCAUGAUCCAAGGCCAACUCAGAGCUCCUGUAACCCAGUGUUGGUCUGUUCAUUUUUUAUGAGGGGGGCUUUGUCGGGUGGGAUUUGACUGGUAGCUCCUGUAUAUGAAGACCGUCUCUUCAUCAGAAUUUUUGUUGGGAAGCCACAACCCCGCUCCUUGUAUCCCAAGAUCAAAUAACCAGGAUUCAGGUGAAUUUUAGCCAGCAAAAAUGCUAUGACUUUUUUGGAUUGAAUGGGUAGUACUUCAUGAACAGUAAAACUCAAAAUCAACAUUAAAAUCAGUGAAACUCAAACUCAGGGUUGCAAACAACAGAGUAAGAAAAAUUAGCCUUUCAUAAAUUUGUCGGCUGAGUUAAUGUUCAAAUAAAAUUGUGAGCAGUUUCACCAUAUUUUGUUGUAGUAUUGGCUGAUGGGUUUUCAAAAUGUGGUCAUUUUUAGGAAGCCCACCAUCGAGAUGCGGUCAUCUCUAGGUGGGCAGGCAAAACUACAACAAAUACCGGUUAAACUAAAAUUGUUGGUUUUAAUUUGAAUUAAGUUUGUUGGUUAAAUGGCCAUGAGGAAAUUAUGCACAAGUGAAUAAUCCCAACCCUGAGUUUGAAAUCCACAAAACUUUUUAUUUUGGACCACAUUUGAUUUUUUAGUAUGAUGUACAAAAAAAUACAGUAAUGAUCUGACUACUGGACCUUUGUCCAGUAGAUUUGUUGUAGUGUAUUUACUUGUAUAAUAAAGGGGAGUAGUGUGGGCCCUCGAUCUGUACGGUAUAGAACAGUUACUGUGUGAUUUUGAAUUUCUAGUUUUAGUACUCGGACAUCCUUGCCCGUUGUACGACCCUAGGCUUUAUUAUAAUCAAAUGACAGAAGAGGAAUGCAACACAUUCUCAGGUUGUGUACCAUUGACUCACUUCAAAGUGGUUAUGUGAUUUAGAAUUAUUGGACCCUAAAAAAGACCGGGGCCCAGUUGUUCCAAAGACCGAUUAGCACUAACUCAGGGUUAGAUUUUAACCCGCGUUUCUUAAUCCUUUUAAUCAAAAGCAUUUUGUCAGAUAAUUUUCUCUUUUCUUUUUUACGUAUCCAGUCACCAAAUUGUAGACAAAAGGAAUUUAAAUCAAUUUGUUUUUGAAACUUUCGUAUCUGAAUUCAUAUUUCGUACUAACCUUGGGUUAUCUUAACCCAGCUUUGAACAACGCAGCCUGGGAGAAUAAAUGCUGCAUGUUAAUUUGUUUCACCGCCUUAGUUUUUUCUUUAUAGCAUGACGAGAUUCAUACGACUUUGAAAUUCACCACAGGGAGGAAGUUUCAAUUUCCGGUGUCCUUGUAAAAACCUAAUUAGGAUUCAAUUAAUAGCUGCUAAUCUGUCAUGACUUGUGUACUUUGCGUCACUGAUGGAAAACGACCUGAGACGAAAGACAGAUACUAUUUUAGGUUCCUUUGUAUCAUCUUCAAAUGGCUACCUAUUAUCAUUUUAGCGCAAAAACGUUUUAAGGUCGACACUGAUCCCUCGAUCAUUUCAUAAAUUCUCAAUAACUGCUAAUGAUGUGAAAGUGUAAUGUUCAUGGAAAAUGUUGAUGGAGAUCACUAUUUCUUAAGCCUGAUCGCAAACAGUUCAAUUCAGUCAGAGUUCAGUUUUUAAGUGCGGAUCGUAGUGGAUAUUUUCAAUUUUAUCGAAUCCAUUUUAAGAAAACAGGAAAAUUUAUUUUGCCAAAGCCAGUGGCUAUCAAUUGUCGGUAAAAGUGAGUAAAAUUUCAUAAACCAAAAAUUGAUUUACAGGUUAAAGCUUUAUUUAAUUUUGCACUGAUUAGAUCUGUGAAGAUGAUAGUGCAUGUCCCGCAUUAAGUAAAACAGUUUAGCCUUGCUGAUGCAACAGAGCAGCGUAGCCUUUUUAGGCUGUGGCUCUGUGAGAAUUUUAUUCUCCGGGUGUCUCAGAGAGAACUAAAAACGCGCUUUUCAGAUAUUGUUUGUAUCUCCGUCUAGUAUUAGGUAAAACGGUUUGGCCUUCCUGAUUCAACAGAGCAGCUUAGCCCUUUUUAGGCUGUGGCUCUGUGAGAAUUUUAUUCUCCGGGUGUCUCAGAGGGAACUAAAAACUCGCUUUUAGAUAUUGUUUAAAUCUCUGUCCAGCAUUUAAGAAAAACGUUUGGCCUUCCUGAUUCAACAGAGCAGCUUAGCCUUUUUAGGCUGUGGCUCUGUGAGAAUUUUAUUCUCCGGGUGUCUCAGAGGAACUAAAAGCGCGCUUUCAGAUAUUGUUUUAAUCUCUGUCCAGCAUUAAGAAAAAACGUUUGGCCUUCCUGAUUCAACAGAGCAGCUUAGCCUUUUUAGGCUGUGGUUCUGUGAGAAUUUUAUUCUCCGGGUGUCUCAGAGGAACUAAAACGCGCUUUUCAGAUAUUUUUGAAUCCCCGUCUAGCAUUAAGUAAAACAGUUUGGCCUUCCUGAUACAACAGAGCAGCUUAGCCUUUUUAGGCUGUGGCUCUGUGAGAAUUUUAUUCUGCGGGUGUCUCAGAGGGAACUAAAAACGCGCUUUUAGAUAUUGUUUGAAUCUCUGUCCAGCAUUAAGAAAAAAAGUUUGGCCUUCCUGAUGCAACAGAGCAGCUUAGCCUUUUUAGGCUGUGCAUGGCUCUGUGAGAAUUUUAUUCUCCGGGUGUCUCAGAGGGAACUAAAAACUCGCUUUUAGAUAUUGUUUGAAUCUCUGUCCAGCAUUAAGAAAAAAAGUUUGGCCUUCCUGAUUCAACAGAGCAGCGUAGCCUUUUUAGGCUGUGGUUCUGUGAGAAUUUUAUUCUCCGGGUGUCUCAGAGGGAACUAAAAACGCGCUUUUCAGAUAUUUUUUGAAUCCCCGUCUCGCAUUAAGUAAAACAGUUUGGCCUUCCUGAUUCAACAGAGCAGCUUAGCCUUUUUAGGCUGUGGCUCAGUGAGAAUUUAUUCUCCGGGUGUCUCGGAGGGAACUAAAAACGCGCUUUUAGAUAUUGUUUUAAUCUCUGUCCAGCAUUAAGAAAAAAAAGUUUGGCCUUCCUGAUUCAACAGAGCAGCUUAGCCUGUUUAGGCUGUGGCCCUGUGAGAAUUUUAUUCGCCAGGUAUCUCAGAGGGAAGCUUUUUAUUUUUUAGACAUUAUUUAAAUAUUGCAAAAUUAAUGUUUCGCUUACGUUUUUAUUUAACCCCAUCCAGAUCCAGUGAGGCCUUUAAAACAGCGCGUCAAUUUUAAAAGUUUUUUCAUAAGGCAGUUUCUGUUUAGCGCUUAGUGUUAGUUCUGGCCUUGAAAUGAAGAUUCCAUUAAAAAGCCUUGCGUUCAGACAUAAAAUUAGGGAGAUCUUGUAAGCAUGAAUUGAAAUAUAUGAAAUGCGGAUGAAGGUAUGAAAGUGAAAAUGAUCAUCGCAUUAAAUUCGCAGCCUAUUCGGUUGAAAAAUAAACUAAAAAAUUUUGCAGCGUUAUCGCAGAAAGUUAGAGGUAAUAUUAUUCAUUGUUGGGGAAAAAACUCCGCGGAUUUAAAUUAAUAAUUUCCACGAUGUUUUAAUUCCGGUAGUGUAGUAACCUUUUUGUUACGGCAGCGUCUAAAACGCACCCGAGAAAACCGCACAGUCUCUGUGAACUCUCACUUUAACUUGCGAGAGAUGCAAAAAAAGACAAUAGAGUGACAUUACUUUCAAACCAAAUUUACGGGUUAAUGUUCAAAUAAAAUUGUGAGCAGUUUCACCAUAUUUUGUUGUAGCAUUGGCUGUUGGGUUUUCAAAACGUGGUCAUUUUAGGAAGCCCACCAUCGAGAUGCGGUCAUCUCUAGGUGGGCAGUCAAAACUACAACAAAUACCGGUUAAACGAAAAUUGUUGGUAUUAAUUUGAAUUAAGUUUGUUGGUUAAAUGACCAGGAGGAAAUUGUGUACAAGUGAAUAAUCACAACCCUGAGUUUGAAAUCCAGAAAACUUUUUAUUUUGGACCAAGUUUGAUUCGUUCUGUAAAAAGACUAACAGAAGAAAUUUGUGACUGUAAAAUUGUCAAAAAAAGUAACUGGUUUCUGAUUCCUUUAUAUUAAAAUGACAGUGCAUAUAAAAAAGGUUAACAGGAAAGAUGCAUGUAAGGGGUUGGACCUCUUGGCGGAGUCUCACAGCAUGUACAAAAUUUUAUUGUAACAAUGUAAUGUUACAGUUGAGAUUGGAAAUUUACUUUAGUCACAAAACGAAUCAAACAUAUAGGAAAUGUCACAUGCACAUCACCUUUGACUGUCAGCAAAUGUUAUGCAGUUCACUAUAUUUGCUCCCCUUGCAAAUAUGGAUAAUUAUGAUACAAAUGUUCAAAUUUAUGAUACAGCCAAAUGUGUAGAAAUUUAUUGUUUUUGCUCUUAAGGCAAAUACGAGUAAACCACAUGCAAAAGUGUUCUUUUGGUAUCCUGAAAAACAAGAGCAAACACCACUGCAAAUUAGUGGUUUUGCAAUAUUUUUGCCUGCAUUUGAAGUACAGUGAAAACUGUCAUUUUUGCCAAGGAUGUAAAUUUGAGUAAAUUGGUAGAAAUGUUGAAGAUUUGCCCAUGCUGCAAAUAUGUAUCAAAUUUGUAUCAAACCAUUACAUUUACUUGACUUUUGCGUAUCAAUACCUAUCUAGCAAAUAUAUGAAUUUGCCCACACUUUAGCCGACAGCGCAAAUGUAAAGCAAAUUUGGAGCUCCAAAUUUACCACAUAUUUGCACCUUUCGCAAACAUUAGUAAAUCCGUUUUUUCGUCCAGUGAAAAAACAACAAGAAAUAGCAUCGUAACUUUAGUCUUUAAGUUUCCACAAGUAGCAAACUCGCUGCCAGUUUGUGGAGAAGGAAAUUGAAUCUAGGUUUUUGUCCAUCAUCAGAACAGUUCAACGUUAUGUUCUAAUUUUAAAACUAAGACAGACCAGAAAAAACAGAAAAAUGUCGCCAAAUAAAAAAGGGUGAGGGCGAAUUCGUUUGAGCUAUAAAGUCAACCUAAUAUUUCACGGACUUGUUUCUAGGAAAACUCAACGUUUAGCGGGCCUCUUCUCUAAAAGUUAAUUCAAGAUACACCUUUUUUUUUCCUAAAAAAAAAUCGUUGUGUCCCCCUGCACUUCAAAAUCCGGUACGGAUGGGGAAGUUUUGUAACGGCCACGUUAACUAAGAUAUCAACAAAUCGGGCAUCUAUUAUGCGCAUAUUUUCUACGAGUUACAAAUUAUGGGCUUAAAGUGGUUAUAUAUUUCAUAACAUCAGAAAUGGCAACGAAACAUCAGAUAUUACAAUUUCAGAUGCUCCAUACGUGAGCCAAUACAAUAUAAAAGAACUUAAUUAAUGAAGUAAAACAGACACAUAAACAAACAAGCAAAGUACUAUAAAAGGUUUGAACGCGGAAUUCAUUUUAUAAGUAGGUGGAGCAUGAUCGUUGAAGUGAGCCGGUAUAGUCUUAAAAAGAACUGUUAUUAGUGUCCUUAAAUCCAUUUAGUGUACGUUAGAAAAAAAAAAACGUCCAGGGUCUUUCAGUAGAGGUAAUAGGCAUAAAAAGUAUCUUAAUCCGCUUUCAGAAUACCGUUUUUUUUUUUUAAUCUGCUUUCUUUCGACGUACCUCAGACUCUGUACAUGUAAUAUAUUGUGUCAUUGUUCUUCAGAACGCCUGUUUAGGGAAUUUGUGUCCGCCGCAUUCAACAUGUCAAAACGGAUAUACUGACAAGGGAUACCGAUGUAAGGAAAAUACGAUGACAACUACCAGAGGUACUUUCAACAUAUAAAACUAGUAACCAAAGGAAAGGGAGUGGGGGCGACAACGAUCAGAGGUCAAAACGCUUUUGCUCUAAUGCUGUGCUUUGCGUAGGUUUGGCGUGACAGAUAGUCAAAACACUCGUGAUCAGAUUACGAGGGGUAGAAGGUCGAGACGCUCGUGAUCAAAUUGCGUUCUGUGCAUUCUAUUCAUUCUUAGUGGAAGUCCAAACAAAUGCUGGUUACGUACAUGGGACUCAUGAGUAGUAACAACCUGGACAUUAGGACUGUGGGCUCCUCUUGUCGCCCGCAAUUAUAAUUUGUUUAGACCUGUAGUCAGUGAACACAUUAAAGCAAGCCAAUUCUCACUCCGGCUAAAAUAAGAGAAUGGGUACAAGCUUUCGGUUCAACGAUUAUUGGGAUUCUUUGGGUGGACAAGUGUUACUAAUUAUUGGUUAAUGGUUGCCUUGAAUCCCAUCUACGAAUCAUAACUAAUGUUUUUCACCCAAGCUAUCCCAGAUAUCACUGCGCCUUAAACUGUACCCAGGUAAUCCCCCUAGAAUUUCUGGGGUAGAGAAUUACAGUAUCCGUAAAAUAGAAUAUACAUUACUUUACAUGACCAAAUUUUGGUCAUGUUAUUUACAAUAUAACAAAAGGGAAAUUAAAAACAUAGGAAAAGGCAUGAAAGGAGUAUAUUAUUACAUCAAGAAAUAAAAAUUAAAAAAAAAGAAUAAGAAGAGAUGAUACUUAUGUAAAUCAUCAGCAUACAGUGUAGUUUCUAAAUAAGGCACAGGCACCGUUUUAAUUAUUUGUUUGAUGGUUGGUUUGAAUUUUGAAGGUCGCGUAUGAUGGAGGGCAUUAAUCGUCAAGGUAAAACAAAGUGUUCCCAAAAGUUAAGUUAUUUGACCGAAGUCAGUGAUCCAUUAGCCGCCGUCACACAAGCAAAGUUUCACGUUAGAUUAUUUCACAUUUUAAAAAUACUUGUUUAAAUCUAAUCAGUUUUUCCGUGUACUUUCAAAGCUUCCCAGAACUUCAAAGCGCCAGAGACCACUCAAGUGUUUGGAAGCAUUGAACCGCCACAUACCACUCGAACGUUUGGCAACACCCAAGCACCACAGAACACCCAAGACACACUAACCACACAAACGCCGGGGACCACUCAAGCACCACAGACCACCCAAGAUCCACUGACCACCCAAACGCCAGUGACCACUCAGGCACGACAGACCACCCAAGAGCCACUGAACACCCAAACCCCAGUGACCGCUCAAACGCCGCAGACCACCCAAGAGCCACUGAACACCCAAAUGCCAGUGACAACUCAAGCGCCACAGAGCGUUCAAAGUCCAGAGAUCCAGCUAACACUUUAUAAUGGCCAAAACAAAACAAUUUUCUGCCCCGUUUCAAUCUACGGGCACGCGAUAAUCAAGUGGCUUUACAACAGUGGUAAAAAAGAUCUUCCUGAUGGGGUUGUCCCGGAUGGCGUAAACAGUUUGAGAAUAACAUCGGUAAACAAAAGUCACGAAGGAACUUUCACAUGCGUCCGGCAAACUAGUAGCUCCAAUUUCGGGUCAGCUGUUCACAUUGUACUCCAGGUCAUUUAUCCUGAAACGUGCAGCAGAGUAAAAGCCAAUAUCAGUGAUGCAAGCGACUGGUACGUCAUUGACCCUGAUGGUCCAGGAGGAAAGGCAUCAUUUCAGGCUUAUUGUAACAUGACUGACAAGGAAGGCGCUGGCGUGACGGUUAUUAGUCACGACACUGAAAACAGGACCCAUGUAGACGGCUGUGAUCCUCACGGGUGCUAUGAACGUUAUGUGACAUACACAGGUGUCCUCCUCACCCAGUUGGAAGCCUUGACAGAUGUAUCGGCACGUUGUGAGCAGUACAUUAGCUACGAGUGUUUGAACUCCAGGCUGCUUGAAGGUGGAAAGGCUUGGUGGGUGUCUCGAGAUGGACGAAAAAUGGAUUACUGGGGUGGCACCACUAAGAAACGUCAAUGUGGCUGUGCCUUAACGGACUCAUGCGCACACCGGGAUAAAAAAUGCAAUUGCGACUACAGAGAUAAAACAUGGCAUGAAGAUAGCGGGUUUCUUACCGAAAAGGCAUUCCUUCCCGUUUCUGAGUUAAGGUUUGGAGAUACAGGAAAGGACGGAUCUGAGGGCUAUCACACACUGGGAAAGUUGAAAUGCUAUGGAAUCUCAACUUCGCAUAUCAUCAAUGACUUGCAUAUCCAUGAAAUUUGUCUGACCUCAGUUACCAGAAUGCGCUCUUUUCUAUCCAUGCAACGCAAACUCGUUCUAGCCACAGCUUUUCCCGAGUCCACCUGGGAAUUUUUUUUUUCUUAACUUUAACCAUUGAAGGGUCCAACAUUGUCUAUCAUCCAUUUUUCUUCUUUCCUGUAUCAAGUUCAGGCCAACAUAAGGAAACUUCUUUUUUUACUUCUUUGCGGUCUUGAUCAGAAUAUCUAAAUACUGAACUUGUUACAUUUAAACGAAGAUAGUCCCACAUAAAGCAGAAAGAUCAGCGCUUAACUCAGGCAUUUUGGUCUCAGUACACUGAAUGCCCAGCUUAAGGUAGAAGUUCACUUCGCUGUUCUAACUAGUAUAGUUUGCAUCCAUCCAGUGACUCAAAUAGUCAUAAACAAUCCAGUAUUCGAAAUAUAACAUAGUUGGUGGUAUCAAAAUGUACAUGCCAAACUGGUUGGACGCAUAUAUUCUCCACAUGUAAAGGAAUCCGGGGAAUUUUUGCAUAUGGUAUCCGAAAUCUUGGAAAUUUUUUGCUUGUGGAAUCCGGAACCUGGGCCUUCCAAUCCGGAAUACAGCUGUAGGAAUCCAGCAUCUCACUUACAACUGGAAUAUGGAACCAAGUCCACUGAAAAUAUCAGGAAUCCAGUAAUCGGAAUCCUGAAUCCACGGCGUGGAAUCCAGAUUCCAUGAUUGUCUCUCACCCAUUGUAAUCCACUAUAUGGGAAGGCUAAGGCACCUCGAGUACACCUUCUCUAAUGUUAGACCUCUAAAGAUACAUGUACUGAGGGCUGCUAAAGCCAUUCGUUGGAUGCCCAGAGACACACACCGUACUAAAAGAAGCCAGAUUAGAAGAUUCUUAAGCAUUUCAGCUAAACGACGCUUCUGAUACUGAUGUAAUAUUUACGAUUUUAUAUGUAUAUUAACAAUUCUAAGUAAACUGAAUAAGAGUUAUACACCCGAAACAUCUGUUGUUGUUGUUUUUGUUGUUGUUGUUGUUGUUUUUAACAUUUGAUCGACGCUUUUUGUCAUUUUCGUUAAGGAAUAUCACCUCAUCAGCUAUCUAAGUACAAGUGUCACGCAUCCUUGACGGUUUUUCCGCUCACCAUUAUUCUUUUAACACUAAGGCUGCGUGCAAACGGACGCAACAACUCCCAACAUUGUUGGCUCAACAAUGUUGGGACCUGCAGUGCAUCGUCGGAAGGAUACAACCCAUAAGUCUUUGUAAACCAUGCGUAAUGAGGGAGCGUGGCCCCAACAAUGUUGGAAGACUGUGAAAGGUUUGAACCCAGGAGUCAUUUCAAAAGGUUGAGUUUGAUCGUCCGGGUGAACGUAGUCCUGAAUAGGAUUGUUGUUGUUGACAGUGACUGACGUUUCGACAACCUGUGCGGUAGUCAUCUUCAGAGUCAAAGUGAGUUGUAUCACGUCAGUUGAUGGUAUUAUACUCGGGUUAUUGAUCUGAUUGGUCAAUUAUGUCGCGAUGUUAUUGGUCGUCUGUCAGUUAAGCCGUGAUGUUAUUGGCUAUGAAGACUCGUAAUCAGUGAUUGGUGCGUUUCGAUCCGUCUAUUGUCGCAGUUAAACAGUCGUCUAUUGUUAGUCAAAUUGUUAGUUCUCCAGUUCUUCUCUCGUAGUUAGUUUUGCUUGAUCUCGUCAAUAAGUCGUUUGUACGGCGCUGGUAACUGUUGACUACUAUUCACCGGCGUUUUUCCUAAUGUUGGAAGAGCUGUGCAAACGGAUUCAACAUUGUUGCGCUACCCUUCGGCGAUCACGGAACCAAAAAAAUGUUGGGAGUUGUUGGCUGAAAUCUUUGACCGGUUUCAAACUUCUCACAACAACACACAACAACAUCGAACAACAUGCAACAGGGUGUGCAAACGGACGCAACGUGUAACAUCCAACAAUGUUGGGAGUUGUUUGCCAACAAUGUUGCGUCCGUUUGCACGGGGCUUAAGUAUAUUAAACCUUUGAAACAUGUACAUCUUUGCACUAGCUCGCUUAACUUUAUUAGACAUCCUUGAAGAAUAUGGAGGCCCCAUAAACCUGGAACUUUCCUAUACAAAAGCCUCUUAAGAGCAAAAUCCUUCCUGGAGUUUCUUCCAAGGUAGACUACAACAGAGCAUUAAAAAAACUACUUAGAAAAAACUCAAAAAUUUGUUGCAUUCAAAUCAGUUCCAGAUUUCAAAUGUAAUUCAUAAAUAUUUUGUACUAUGAUAUAUGUGUGCCAUCAUUUUCAAUGUAAUUACGUUUUCAGUCACUAAAAUGUACUUCAUACAGAUUAGAAAAAGUGUGAAUAAUAAAAUUGAAUUGAAUUGAAUUGAAUAUUAUCAGGGUUUUAUAUUUGUCUGUUUACUGAGGGGUAUACAGCUGUAUGUUCAGUCAUUUUGUGGGUACCAUAUAUUACAAUGCAUUGCCAUGUAUUAGGUAAGGCAUGGUCUACGGCAAUUUUACCCUGCUGUUAUAAGUUAUAAAGAAAAUCGAUUAGAGGUGUAUCUUCGAAAACUAAUGUAAUGAAGGUGUUUCGCGACAAAUCUCAUUUUAUUUGUUUUGGCUACUUUGCAGCCACCAUUACUGAUCCUAAUUUAAGAGGUUAAUUUACUCAGCGAACAAACAUUUUGUCAAUGCACUAUUGAAACGUCGCAAUUCUUUGACGAGAAGAGGGUGUUAUCCGCCGAGGCCAAAUUGAACAACCCCCUCCAAGAUUCAUAGGAAAGCCGAAUACAAUAACUGUUUUCUUUUUCAUUGAUAAUAGUUUGUCCGUCUUUCAAAAGUGCUUCUCUCUUUCUGUUCUUUGGUGCGUUACUCGGCAAAUUCAAGAUAUAAGGAAAUGGUUAUUUUGGAUCAAUGAUCCGUUACUUUGGUCUAAGGAUGAUUACCUGCAUAUACUUUAGGCAUUGUUAGAAAACAUAUUAAUUUAAUAAUAAUAAUAAUAAUAAUAAUAAUAAUAAUAAUUAAUUAUCCUCUCCCCUUGUGGGGUUUUCAGGGAUAAUGAAACAAACAGGUUAAAUGGAAUACAACAUGGUUUAAAAUCCCAACCGGUAGGAGGCAAACCAGUGGACUAUUUACAUGCCUGGCCGAGGAUUUGAACUCGGAACUACCGAGAACAAAUGCAGCUAGCAGUCAGGACGGGACUUGAAUUAGACUCGGAGCCCCUGAAUUACAAGUUCAGCGCCCUAGCCACUAUUGUCGUACUUUUUCUGUUUUUGGUAUUUUUUAGGCAAAACUUGGGCUAUUUUUUCUUCGCAAAGCGUGUGAGCUCUACCAAACCAAACUGAUAAAAUGCUGCCUAGUCCCGGGGGCCUCUCGGUUGCCGUCCCAAUUUUCUGGCGAUAGCCUGUACCAUAAUUUUACUUCAUUUAUCGGAACGUCGCAAACGUCUUCCUAAUUCGAUCACCACUAGCUGGUUGUUAAGAAUUAGAAAUUUCGAACGGUCGUUUAACCUUUUUCUGGUCGUCCCGACAAUUAUUCAUUUGUUGUGUGCGUUUUUCUUCAUUUUGAACACGUAAUCGGCUUCUUUCGCGUUCAUUUCAUGCCCUAUUUAUAUUUAUUGCGUCAACCCACGUUAAUUUCAAUGCUGUUAUUACACAAGCGUUGACUUCCUUGAAUUUUUUCAGUAGAUAACAAGUUAUUAUUUAUUCAAAAAUACGCCUCCUUUUUCUGAUUGGACCAAUUCCGCCCUCGUCUAUGCAAGAGGCUAAAACAAGGAACGGUAAGGUCGCGGAAAUUAACCCGACUUCAAGUAACGCGUCUUUAUUUAUUUAUUUAUUUUUUUGGAAUUGCAUAAAUUUUAUGACGCGUUAAUUUUCUUAAAGAAGCUCCCGAAAUAGAGUUUUCUUUCUAAAUGUUAAUCGAUUAUACAAAAGUAACUUUUCUUCUUGUUUUGACUGAGGCAGGCUAUGUUGGCAGGUGGUCAUCUCAAGAUCCUUUAUCAGUGCCAACGAACUGUUAAUCAGAAUAAUGGAGAAAAGCUAAAUUAUUUCUUUAAGACCAUCCUACUAUUUGCAAAUUAAGGAAGAAUAAAAACAAUGGCUUCAAAUGUGUAAUAAAAAAGUGCAUUACCAUAAUUUUAAGCAAGUUUUAGUUUACCAAAUUUUUAAAUAUUUCCCAGAAGCGAUUACGUCCGUUUAACAGUCGGUUGUUGCAGUGGAACUUGUGAUUGUAACUGUUUGAAUUGCGACCGGUGAAGACAUGGAUUUGCUUCUAUUUCUGCAAAUCUUCUGUAUGUUGUUUCUCCGCAUUUCUGCUCAAAAUGGUAUGUUAUCCUCCUUAGCUUCAAUCGAUGACGUAUUCUAGGGUCCAAUAACAAAAGCUUUGCUAACUGUUAUAACAGAGAUUUUAUGAGUUGAUUCUUCAAACUGUAAAUGCGCAUUUUCCUGAAAGUUUCAUUUCACCAAUUCCACUUUAUUCCUUUGUAAAGCUUUGAAGCAAUGAAGAGCCCAACAUAUUAAUUGCAAGUAAAAGAUAAGGAUAGAAAAUGAGUAAAACGUGCAUCGCCUAAAUGUAUAAUUGAAAAUUUCAAUUCCAUACUUUGUAAUUGUGUGAAAAUUAUUAAUAGUUUUAUCAUCAUUUUUUUAUAUGUUUCUCACUUUAAUCCAAGAAAAAACCUGAAGAUGUUUUUAUACAACUCGUUUGAUAAGUGGCUUCGCGUUACAGAUCAGAACUGUACUAAUAAAGCUGGCAGCUUUUUGGAGAGAAAACCAGAUGACUCGGAGAAAGAACCUCUAGUUAGAAAAAAACAUAACCAACAACAGACUAAAGCCAUUUUUUAGGAUAGGGAAGUUUAGACUGGACGUUUUCUUCAGAAAAAUAGCUUGGGUUGGUCUCUUUCUGCGUUCUGAUCACUUUUCAUGGGGUGACUCGCUAAUGAAUUGCUUAAUUAAAGAAAAGAAAACCUUCGAUUUCGGGGCCGUAAACUUCUCUGUACACAGAAAUCGUGAAACACUUUUGGCUACUUUUAGCCUUUUAAUAAAACCAAUUAGGUCAAAUAUGUUCAGCAAUAAUGAUCCAGCUCUUCAAUUUUGAGACUAAAACGAAUACGUCGUCUACAUUUACGCGUUUGUUACUUCAGACUAUCAGUUUGUUUCAUCUUAGUGACGAAUGCUGGCUGUUAAGUAGUAAUUCUUUUCGAAUCGCAAUAUGAAUAUGUCACCACAAUAUGAAUGUGAUCAAGCCUCAGAGUGUGUCCAACCCAAGCUAUCUCUCCAAGGAGAGAGCUCUGGAGAAAAGGUCUAGUGUAAUAGCACCCAAAAUUUUACUUCCCCAUGGGGGAGAACCACCAAGCCAUGGGUAAAAUUACUGGUGUGACCCCAGCAGUUGCGUCGCCUCCCACCGGAUACCACUGCCUUUGACUGCAGGCGAGUUGACAGAAGUUCUUUCAUGCUCUUUCAUGCUACAGCGCUUCGCACCUUUAAUUUGUCAUCUUCCUCUAAGCUUAAAGAAAAACUGCGCCUUUGCAGUCUAACUUUCAUGCCACAAAACAUUGAAAUGUUCUUAAAACAUUCCAACGUUUCCGUUAGGAGAACAUCAAAAAAAUAGUUAAAGUUGGUUAAGGCCCAAAGAAAACUCGAAAAAAAGUGAUGGAAAACCUCGGUGGGAAUUUAUAAGCUUAGGACAGCUGUUGUUUUCGAUAAAAUAGCGAGCACUCCCACGUUCCCUCAUUCAGCAGUUUUAAUGGAGUUUUUAUAUUGCAUUAGUACAAAACAAAAGGAAUUAAGAUGAGUUUUAAGAAAUACAAUUUAAGAAAAAAUUGUUUAUGGCUAACCAUGAACAGUUUACAAAGAUCCCCAAUGAUUGAUUAACUAUUACAUUGUUCAGUAUUAAAUCUCUUUCCCAUAUCUCCAAAGAAAUGUGUGCGACCUGAUGUGAUUUAUUCAUUAAGUUCUGAUAAAUGAAAGGAAAUUUUCAACUUCCCUGUGGCGACAAGAAUUGAAUUUCUUUCUUGUUUUUGUAAACAGCAGAAACGAGCCAUGCGUCUUAAGCUAAUCAUCCUAUAUGUUGUUAAUUUAAAACAUUAAUUCCUGCGUCAAGAGUCUAUUCUGUGUUUUCAUCCACGUGGCCAGCAUCUAUGCAAAUUUAUUGGAACAAAAGAAAGCGUUUACAUAAGAAAAGAGUUCAACUCAAACAGGACUGGUUUGGGACACAAACAUGGCCGCCGCUUCAUUGUUUUGGGACACAAAUAUGGCCGCCAUGACGUUAUGUGAAAACACACAAUCAGUUAAGGUAGCUUUCUUUACUAAGUUUAACUGAAAAAAGAUACGACCACUCCUUAACCUUCACGUUAAGAAAAGGAAAGAAGAAAUUAAAUAUGGAAAAUCUUUAAUAAAAAAAAGUAUUUCCUCUCCCUGUUUGUCCUUAUUCAGUUGAGAACGCUUAAAAACUUUCAUAAAUAAUUAAAUAUUCAGCUAAUCGUUAUAAAAUAUUGAUUACAAAUUCGUUAUAUUCCCUCUUUCAUGAUUGUUUCUCAUCACUGUUGAGAGCACCUACAAAUGAAAGACGAAGACCAUAGCAUAAAAAAGGGUUUAUGUUCUUCUCGUACCCAACGUUAAGCCGUUCAUUUUGAGUAACCUCGAACUUUCGGGAUCAAUGGUAUCUUUGUUUCGGCAAAUAUUUUGGCUUUCAUAUUCCAGCCUUUUGGCGCAAGGUGGAUCGCUUUGUGUUGCUGUUGUUGAUUUUUAAUCAACAAUUAAACUAUCAGUUGACUUUGAAGCAAACUUUCAUCCUUUUUGAAUUGUAAAAUGUAUUUUUUUAUAUAUUGCUGUAGUAUAAUUUGUAUUAUUAUUAUUUUUUUUAUUUCUCAAACCAGAUGUCUGCCGCAUAUUGGAAUUUAAGUCUGCCAUGAAGGGAUAUAAUCUCCAAGGACAUAUUUUCAAGAGCGUUGAAGUAAAAAGCGAAACAGAUUGCGAUGUAAACUGCUACUUGGAAAGCGAUUGUAUAUCAUUCAACGUUGUAACCUCGCCUACGGAUGGAACGAUAACUUGUGAAUUGAGUAAUUCUGACCAUGAAACCCAUCCAGAGGAUCUGAGGCGCCAAUUUGGAGCCGUCUAUCAACCAAUCAAGGUAAAGGGUAUCACGUUCAGUGAACACAAAAGGCCGUGUUACAGUGACGAACAAUAGAGCUAUUUAGUAUUGACAAAAUAAUUCCGUCCACAAGAAAAUCGAGAGACUUAGAGUCACUUUUACGGAACACGACAAACUCGAGAUGCAUUAGUUAAAAUUUUACAAAUUAUGGAGUGGUAUACUAUGUUGAAAGAUAAGCCCCGUUGGUGGAUUCCAAUUUAUCUUUCAACAUAGUAUACUACUUUAUGGAAUGAAUAGGUAAAAACUGUCCAAAAAAAGUUGAUGAAUAAACGUUACAAGAAACAAUUUAUUCCGAUGUAAAAAUAAUAAAAAAACAAACCACAGGUAAAGGAAAAACUUGGUCACAUUGUACAAUUUGACGUUUGGUGGUAACGUCAUUUUAAAUCUCUCAAAUGUUAGUUUGUUUUGUUUUCCCUAAAGCAUGGAGGUUAGGGCACUAAAAAACUGCCAGCAAUUUUAUGCCAGGUUUUGUAAGGUAAUCAGAAUUGAACCAAUCAUGGGUGAGGUCCUUCCAGGGAGGGGGAGGAGGGUGUCCAUACCCAUUGAUCCUUUCAAUAACCCCCCCCCCUCCCCCCCCGCCCCACUUCUUGUUCCCAAAUAUAAAAUAUGACAGGUCUUGACCGUGAAACUUACCUUUCCCUGGUUCCUUGUUUCUGGUCAUAUCUAAGAAAUGGCAUCGUAACUUUAAAGUCGUUAAGUUUCCACAAGUAGCAAACUCGUUGCCAGUUUGUGGAGAACGAAAUUGAAUCCAGGUUUCCGUCCAUUAUCAGAAAAGUUCAACAUCAUAACUUUAAUGCUAAGACAGACCGGAAAAACAGAAAAAUGUCGCAAAAUAAAAAAGGGUGAAGGCGUAUUCGUUUGAGCUGUUAAGUCAACCUAAUAUUUCACGGUCUUGUUUUUAGGAAAACUCAACUUUCAGCUCGCCUCUUCUCUAAAAGUUAAUUCACUAUACACCUUUUUUUCCUAACAGAAAUUCGUUAUGUCCCCUUUCUCUCCAAAAUCCGGUAUGGAUGGUGGAGUUACGGCCACGUUAACUAAGAUAUCAACAAAUUGGGCAUCCAUCAUGCGCAUAUUUUCUACGUAUUAAAAAUUAUGGGCUUAGAGUGGUUAUAAAAUAUAGUUCAUAAGAAAUGGCAACGAAACAUCAGAUAUUACAUUUUCAGAUACUCCAUACGAGAGCCAAUAGAACAUAAAAGAACUUAAUUAAAAUAAAGUAAAACAGAUAUACAAACAAACACGUAAAGUACUGUAAAAAGGUUUGAACCCAAAAGUCAUUUUAUAAGUAGGUGGAGCAUGAUCGUCGAGGUGAGCCGGUAAAUUAGUGUUAAAUAGGACUAGUAUUUUUUAAUCCACUUAGUGUACAUUAGCAAAAAAAAAAACGUUCAGGGUAUUUCAGAAGAGGUAAUAAGCAUAACAAUUAUCUUGAUCCGUUUUCAAAAUACCGUUUUUUGUUGAGUCUACUUCCUUUCGAAGUACCUCAGACUCUGUACAUGUAAUAUAUUCUUGUAUACUGUUAUUAUAUCUUCAGAACGCCUGUUUAGGGAAUUUGUGUCCGCCGCAUUCAACAUGUCAAAAUGGAUACACCGACAAGGGAUACCGAUGUAAGGAACACACGGUGACAACUCCCACAGGUACUUUCCCGGCUCAAAUAAAACUAGUAAACAAAGGUUAGGGAGUGCGGGCGACAACGAUCGGAGGUCAAAACGCUUUUGUUCCAACGCUGUGCUUUGCGUAAGUUUCGCGUGACAGAUAGUCAAAACACUCGUGGUCGAGACGCUCGUGAUCAGAUUGCGUUCUGUGGAUUCUAUUCAUUCUUAGUGGAUGUAACAAUAUGUGACAUAUUCAUUGUUGAAAUAUAAGUCCCACUGCCUGGACAUUAUGAAACAGCCGAGCAUUUAUGCCUAAGUAGAGCAAGGAUUACGAAAUAAAGAAAAACAGGUCACGUGACUUAUAAAAUACUUUAAUAACUCUUAAUAAAAAUCCUUUAAUCCACCUUGCAAGGCUAAUUGACAAUCUAGACAGUUUCGCUGACAAUUUGAUGACAAGUAUUUUUAGGCUGAAGUUAAACAACCUUGCCCCGUUUGAGAAAGCAGGUUUUGUGACGUCAUGAUCCACGGAAUGUCACGUGAUGCUUGGAAUGAAUUUUCCAAAACUAUUUUAGUGAGAUAUGUCUUAUCAUAUCUUUGUGGAACUCUUUACUUGGAUUCUUCUGCGUCAUUAUAGAGAAUGUUUGCAUUCCCUGCGGGGAGUCUUUUCAGCCUUUUAACCCAUGCCUUAACUUGCCUGAGGAGUGGCCAAGCUCCCCAAGAAAGUGCUCCCCCCAAAAAAAUUCGCAUGCUGGCUACAUACAUGUGACGCAUGAGUAAUAACCUGGAGAUUAGGAUUGCAGGCUCCUCUUGUCGCCCGCAAUUAUACUUUGUUUAGGCAUGUAGUCAGUGAACAUACUAAAGCAAGCCAAUUUCCCACUUCGGCAACUAUAAGGGAAUGGCCCGUACAAGCUUUCGGUUCAACGAUUAUUGGAAUUCUUAAUGGUUGCCUUGAAUCCCAUCGACGAAUCGAUAUCAUAACUAAUGUUUUUCGCCCACGCUAUCCCAGAUAUCACUGCGCCUUAAACUGUAUCCAGGUAAACUCCCUAGAGUUUCUUGGGUGGAGAAUUGCAGUAUCCGUAAACAAAAUAUACAUUACUUUACACGACCAAAUUUUGGUCAUGUUAUUUACAAUAUAAGAGAACAAAAGGGAAAUUAAAAAAUAGAAAAGAUAUGAAAGGAGUAUAUUAUUCCAUCAAGAAAUAAAAAUAAAGAAAAGAAUAAUAAGACAUGAUCGACAUUUAUAAAUAUAUAUCAUCAGCAUACAGUGUAUUUUCUAAAUAAGGCACACGCACCGUUAAAAUUGUUUGUUUGAUGGUUGGUUUGAAUUUUGAAGGUCGCGUAACAGUGAAGAUGAUGAAGGGCAUUAUUGGUCACGGUAAAACAAAGUGUUCUCAAAAGUUACGUUAUUUGACCGAAGUCAGUGAUCCAUUAGCCGCCAUCACACGAGCAAAUGUUCACGUUAGAUUAUUUCACAUUUUAAAAAUACUAGUAGUGUCAGCCAUUAAAUUCCUUGUUUAAAUCUAAUCAGUUUUGCGUGUACUUUCCAAGCUUCGCAGAAGUCGAAAGCACCAGAGACCACUCAAGUGCUUGGAAGCAUUGAACCGCCACAUACCACUCGAGUGUUUGGCAUCACCCAAGCACCACAGAACCACCAAGACCCACUAACAACACAAACGCCGGGGACCACUCAAGCACCACAGGCCACCCAAGAGCCACUGACCACCCAAACACCAGUCAGUACUCAAGCGCCAGGGACCACCCAAGAUCCACUGACCACCCAAACGCCAAUGAUCACUCAAGCACCACAGACCACCCAAGAGCCACUGAACACCCUAAUGCCAGUGACUACUCAAACACCAGUGAUCACUCAGGCACCACGGAGCACCCAAGAGCCACUGAACACCCAAAUGAGAGUGACCACUCAAGCACCAUAGAGAGUUAAAGGUCCAUAGAUUCAGCUAACGCUUUAUAUUGGCCGAAACAAAACAAUUUUUCUGCCCCGUUUCAAUCUACGGGCACGCGAUAAUCAAGUAGCUUUACAACAGUGAUAAAAACGGGGUUUUCCCUGAUGGCAUAAACAGCUAGUUUGAUAAUAACAUCGGUAAACAAAAGUCAUGAAGAAACUUUCGCAAAUUAAUGCUCCAAUUUCGGGUCACAUGUUCACAUCGUACUCCAGGUCAUUUAUCCUGAAACGUGCAGCAUGCAGAGUAAAAGCCAAUAUAAGUGAUGCAAUCGACUGGUACAUCAUUGACCCCGAUGGUCAAGGAGGAAAGGCAUCAUUCCAGGCUUAUUGUAACAUGACUGACAAGGAAGGCGAUGGCGUGACGGUUAUUAGUCACGACACUGAAAACAGGACCCAUGUAGACGGCUGUGAUCCUCAAGGGUGCUAUGAACGUUAUGUGACAUACACAGGUGUCCUCCUCAUCCAGUUGGAAGCCUUGAUAGAUGUAUCGGCACGUUGA